GCCAACAGGGGCAGGAAGAUGGGGCGUGUCCCAGACCCCCGCAGCGCCUCAGCUCCAGUCCACACCACUGCUGAGCCCAGUCUCAUUCCAGACCUCAUUACCAGGAUCCCCUGGCCCCGCUGGGCACUCUUUAUCAUCAUUCUUGCUGCUGGAGUCCUCCUGGUCUCUUGUCUGCUCUGCAUCAUCUACUGCUGUUGCGGCCGCUGCCAACGCCGGAAGAGGAAGCAGCCCAAAGACAAAGAAGCUGUGGGCCUGGGCAGUGCUCACAGCAGCACCACUACUCACCUGGUUCAACCAGAUGUAGACUGCCUGGAGCCCUGCUCUGGGGGUCCCCAACAGUGGGGGCGACUGCUGCUCUCACUGGAGUAUGACUUUGGAAGCCAGGAGAUUAGGGUGGGCCUGAGACAGGCUGAAAACCUGAAAGCUGAGGACACAGCAGACCCCUACGCCCGCAUCAGUGUUUCCAGCCAGCCAGGGAGAAGCCACGAGACAAAGGUGCACCGUGGGACUCUCUGUCCCAUGUUCGAAGAGACGUGCUGCUUCCUAGUCCCACCAGCAGAGCUGUCCAGGGCUACCCUAAAGGUGCAACUGUUGGACUUCAAGCGGUUCUCAGAACACGAGCCACUGGGGGAGCUCCAGCUAUCACUGGGUACCGUAGACCCUCAGCAUGUCCUGGAGAGCUGGUACCAGUUGGGCGCUCCAGGUACCACUGAGCCGGAGCAGAUGGGGGAGCUGUGCUUCUCACUGCGCUAUGUGCCCAGCUCAGGCCGCCUGACUGUGGUUGUGCUGGAGGCUCGGGGCUUGAAUCCAGGACUUGCAGGGCUCUAUGUGAAGGUCCAGCUCAUGUUAAACCAGAGAAAAUGGAAGAAGAAAAAAACAACCUGUAAGAAAGGCACAACUACCCCCUACUUCAACGAGGCUUUCACCUUCCUGGUUCCGUUUGGCCAGCUCCAGAGUGUGGACCUGGUGCUGGCUGUCUGGGCUCAUGGACUGCAGCUCCGGGCUGAGCCUGUGGGCAAAGUGUUGCUGGGUCCCCGGGCUUCAGGUCAACCCCUACAGCACUGGGCAGAUAUGCUGGCCCAUGCCAGGCGGUCCAUUGCCCAGUGGCACCACCUACAGUCCCCCAGGGAAGUGGACCAAGCUCUAGCCCUGAAGCCUCGCCUGCCCCUGCCCAGGUCUCGCUCCUAA